AAGCGCGCCUGCUUCCGUCGCCGCCGGGCGCGAAAUGCCGUGAGCGGCGCCCGGUCGGCCGGCAGCUCAGGCGCGGGAGGACAGAGCGCGCCCGCCCGCCCGCCCGUCCCAUGCUCCGUCGGUGCCGGCGGGCGACCCUUUCCUUUCCCUCCCCCCUCAUGCGGGGCCCGGGCAGGGGUCGCGCCCGAGACCUCCCCUCGCGACAUGGCCAGGAAGACAGUUAGCAGGAAGAGGAGAGCGGCCGCCCCCGCCGCGGGGCCCGGCGGAGAGCAGUAUGGCUGGGAUCACUCGGUCCACAAAAGGAAGCGGCUCCCCCCAGUCAAAAGGUCCCUGGUUUGCUACCUGAAAGGAAGAGAGGUGCGCAUGCAGAAUGAGUCCAGCUACCACCGGCUCUUGCACGGCUAUGCUGCCCAGCAGUUGCCCAGCCUUCUGAAGGAGCGAGAAUUCCACCUCGGGACCCUGAAUAAAGUGUUUGCGUCUCAGUGGUUGAAUCACCGGCAAGUGGUGUGCGGGACAAAAUGCAACACGCUGUUCGUGGUCGAUGUCCAGACUGGCCAGAUUACCAAGAUUCCCAUCCUGAAGGACCGGGAGCCGGACAUGGUCAACCAACAGGGCUGUGGGAUUCAUGCCAUCGAACUGAACCCUUCGAGGACCCUCUUGGCCACCGGAGGCGACAAUCCAAACAGCCUGGCGAUUUAUCGGCUGCCUACGCUUGAUCCCGUGUGCGUGGGAGAUGACGGACACAAAGAUUGGAUCUUUUCUAUUGCGUGGAUCAGUGACACCAUGGCUGUGUCUGGCUCCCGAGAUGGGUCGAUGGGGCUGUGGGAAGUGACGGACGAAGUCCUAGCCAAGAGCGACGCGAGACGGAACUUGUCCCGAGUUCCGGUCUAUGCUCACAUAACACACAAGGCACUAAAGGACAUCCCCAAGGAGAACACGAAUCCAGACAACUGCAAGGUCCGGGCGCUUGCCUUCAACAACAGGAACAAGGUCAGAGAAGAUAAAUGGGCACACAUGGGAGUAAAAUUGUACUCUUCCCUCCUGCUGAAGCUGGAAGCAGAGUAAGGUGGAAAUAAAAAU